AUGGUGUCCUCUGGUUGGCUAUAUAGGCACUUAUUGACUGAUUUGCAAGCAAACCUUGACUGUUCAGUUGAGUCUCUACAGAAGCUUUGCUUGGAUAGAUAUAGGUUGAGGGUGAAGUUAAGGCUGCUCUAUAAAGUCAGGGGGAUUGCAAAGGAGAGGAUUUAUGGGGGGUUCAAUGACUCUUAUGGCCUCUUACCAGGUUAUGUGGAGAUGAUAAAAACCACCAACCCUGGUAGUUAUUCUCUUAUUACUUGGAGUGAAGUUAUUGCUGGUGAAGUCCCUGUUUUCAAAGCUUGUUUCAUAUCAUUUGCUUGUAUGGUAAGAGGUUUUUUUGGAGGGUGUAGGCCACUCAUUGGCAUAAAUGGAGCUCAUUUAUCUAGUCACUAUAAGGGACAAAUGCUCACUGUUGUGGCCAUAGAUCGGAAUAAUGAGCUUGUGCACUUUGCUUAUGGCAUUGUUGACACAGAGAGUUUGGAGAGUUGGUCCUACUUUGUUAGAAACAUGAAGAUUAUGUUUGCACAAAUGGGAGUUCACAGAGAAGAUUGGACAUCCAUUAGUGAUAGAAUGAGGGGUGUAGAUAGUGCAUUAUAUGAUGUGUUCCCUAAAGCAGUUAGGAGAGUUUGUGCUCAGCAUUUGUAUUCAAAUUGCAAGAAUGCUGGAUGGAGUAGCACCACAUUCCAUGACUUAUUUUGGGUGGCUGCAAAUGCUUACAAUCUUUAUGUCUUCAACAAAUCUAUGGAGAAGACCCAUAAACAUGACCCUGCUGCUGUGGAGUUGCCUUUCUAA